UUCAGCAGAAUGGCAGACAUGUCAGUGGAGGAGAUGAAAAUCAAAGCCAACGAUGUAACAAAUGAGUCACUUGAAAGCACUAGACGGAUGUUACAAAUGACAGAAGAGAGUUUGAAUGUUGGGGUCAAAACAAUGACUAUGCUAGAAGAGCAGGGAGAACAACUAAAGAAUGUGGAUCGGGAAAUGGACCAGAUCAGUCAGGACAUGAAACAAGCUCGAAAAAACCUGAAUGAACUGUCCAAAUGCUGCGGCCUGUGUUUGUGCCCAUGUAACAGAGUGACUGGAGAAAAAAGCAAAGGAAAAAAGCAAAGGAAAAAAGCAAAGGAAAGCAAGCAGAAGGUGGUAUCCAUCCAACCGACUGCUGUUCGCAAUGGGCAGGCUGUUUCUGCUGGGUCAGCGGCCCCCACCGGCCCCUACAUCAAGAGAGUUACAAAUGACGCGCGAGAAGAUGAGAUGGAGGAGAAUCUGGGGCAGGUGGGCAGCAUCAUCGAGAAUCUCAAGACUUUGGCCUUGGAUAUGGGCAAUGAGAUUGACAAACAGAACAAAUCCAUUGACCGCAUCACUGAUAAGGCUGAUAUGAAUAUUGCUCACACUGAUGAAGCCAGCCAGCGAGCCAACCAAAUUCGGUAGAGAAUGGACACUGCUAGCAUCACUCAGGAGGCUGAUUGUUUGAUCUCUCUCUCUCUCUCUCUCUCACACACACACACACACUUUCUGCUUCACAUCAAUGAAUUGCAGCAAGUGAGUUAAGUUCUUCCAGUGCCAUCUCUGCCUUUUUUGCCGUUCUGUUUGUACUAUUGUAAAUAGUUGGACACAUGCACACACAGAUCUACUCUAGAGCCUCCUGUACAAUCAUGUCUUCACCCUUAAUACGUAAGACUAAUAUGCUGGACGCACCGAGUGCAGUUGUUUUUGUGGCUUUGCUCACUACUGCCCUCUCAGUCUGUAAUGGAAGGAGUCUAAUCUCUGGAGAUGGUGAUGGGUUUUGUCCGUCCCUCUCCCUGCACUUCAGUCAACGUGGAAAAUUGUUUCACUAAUCUGAAUGAAGGGCCAAAGACUUGCGACAGAACUUUUAAUGUUCUGGUUUGCUGCCCUUAUAGCCGUUGAUUUAUGUUUGUUUUUAUGCAAUUUUUUUCUGUUUAGCUGUAUCUGAGACUGAUUAUGGACAAGACAUUAAUGGGCCUUGUGAAUACAGUUAGUCCUGUUCAGUGUUUUGGGGGAAUGUAUGGUAGCGUCCUUUUUAAUGGCAUAAUUUACCAUGCUAUAUAGAAAUAAGAUAUUUCAAUGUAUCUAUUUUACUGCAAAUAAAGCCAAUAAAAUAA